AUGGUGGUGUGUGGUAAAUGUUGUGAGGAAGUGUCUAGCGCCAUUCAGUGCUCUGCCUGUCGUAAGUUCUUCGAUUACCCAUGUUCUGGGAUAACUGAAAUUGGCUAUCGCAAGCUAGGAGUUAGACAGUCAUCGUGGCGCUGUGUUUCCUGUAAGAUGUCUCAACAAUCAACCCGGCCUGGAUCACCACUUCCUGAAACUACACGUCAACCUACUCUUGAUAAUGUUAUGAUUGAACUGAAGAAGCUUUUCUUAGCUUAG